CGAGCCUCGCUCGGUGUGUGUUUCGUGGUGCGCUCGUCGUCGCCGUGACUGUCGUUUCCAGUUGUCCCCGGCCGCCCGUCUCGCACCGUCGGCCGUCCGCGCGACGCUCGCAAUUAAUUCCGUUCGCGAAUCCGUCCCGCCCGACGCGACGGCCGUUCUCGUCGCGAUUCUCCGCCGCCGCGAACGAUAUCCCCCUCUCUCUCUUUCUCUUUCAUUCUCGCGCGAGCAAGAGGAAGAGGCGGCGGCGGCGGUGGCGGCGACGGCGGCGGCGGCGGCGGCUGCGGUGGCGGCGUCCGUUGAGUUUGUGUCGCUCGCGCGGCACGUAUCCGUGUGUCAGUGUGCGUGAACGGUGCGUUGUGUACAGCAGCGUCGUCGGCGCCGUCGACGACGAGGAAGAUCGCUGGGAUUCUACCGUGCCAUCCCUCGGUCGCCAUCUCUCUCUCUCUCUCUCUCUUUCUCUCCGCCUCUCGCCUUUCCCAUCGUCCGCGUGACUCUGGCGGCGAAUCUCCACGUUCGUGCUACGGAGUUUGGAGUACUACGCGCCGCUCCCGUGUGUUUACGAUCGUUGCGUCCUCUCUAUCGCCGUCUCGCUCUCCUCUCACCUGCGCUCCUCGUCCGCCUGGCGCGGACAGGUGUCUCGUGGAAGCCGAACGGAGGAAAGAGAGCCGACGCCUCUCCGCUCUCUCUGUGAUAUUCACGUCCGGGGCCCCCGCGCGCGCCGCCCCUCGACGGCCCUUCCCGAAAUCCUGCCGAGAAAAACGAGCCCUCCACUGCCCGGAGUCCGUCGUCAUCGUCCACCGACGACCGCCAGAAUAACGUACGUAUUGCACGGUAACGCGAUCUCGCGCGCGGUUCCGCGUCCCCUCGUCGGCGUGUCCAUUCUUCCGCUCGCGCGCGUACGCGCCCGCGUGUGUUUGUGUGUGCGUGUGUGUGUGCGAGAGCACGAGGCGAGGAAAAUUGUUUACGCCUACGACGGUUACAACACGCCCUCGUAUCGCGGACGACGUUUGUCCUUGGAGGUUAGUCAGUCGGUCGCGCGAGCGUUGGUGAAUGGACGCUUCUUCGCGCGACGCUCCGAGCUACGCUUCGCCGUUUCGGCUCCGCGGGAAACGGUCUCGUGACAAAAAGAAGCCGUGAAUUGUGCCGAGUGCCCGACGCACGAGGGUUCAGUGUGUGUGUGUGUGGUCUGCCCGCGGAAUUUUCCGAUCGCGCUCGCGCCAGAAUCGCUGGCGGAGCGGAGCCGAUAAUCUGUCGAACGUCACGGAGCCGCCGGUGAACGGGGAUUCUUUUCGUGUCGAAUCGAGGCGACUCGCUCGCUCGCGGUUCGAGCGAUCUUCCGAAUUGGGGCGUCGGGGCGUGGUUAAUUAAUUUAACGUGACAAACUUGGGAUACGCAAGCUCGCGCUUUAUUUUGAUCGCAGUUCGGUUGAGGGCGACACGACGGGCGCGCGUAUUCAUGCAUUUAACAAUAGCUGCGUGGCGAAAAGACGAAUCGAUUUCUAUUUUUACACAUGCGCCGAAUAAAGUUGUUAUCGCGUUUCAUCGCGCUUUCAUUAGAGCGCCCGGUCUGCCGGCCCUUGAAAAUGAUUUCAUCCCUCGCAGAUCUGUCCGUAAAUCGCGCCGAGGUAAUUAAAUAUCGAUGACCGGCGUUUCAUAUCGCGCGGAAAGCAGCCGCUUCUCGAUAUCCUCCGCCAAGUGCGGAACAACGCGAUCCAAUCUACCGCCGGAUGAAUCGAGCCUCGGGGAAAUUCUUUUCAUUUCCGCCGUGCCGCGCGCGCGGAAAAUUUUCCUCGGCCUUGAUCCGCAUCUCAUAAAAUUCUCGGGCGAGAUAAGGACUCGGUCGAUUUGGAUAGAAGGGAGAUAGGGCGGAGGGGAAGAAAGGCAGGUUGCGAAUCAAUUAAAGAACGAUCCCGAUUUGCUGCUUUACUCAUCUUUCUAUUCACUCCGAUCGCCUCCAAGUAACGUAUAAGUUGUCACAAAUCGAGCUCUCGCACACGCCGGUUAACAAUUGCCGUUUAACGUUCGGUUAUUAUCGGGAAUUAGUACAAAGUCGUUAUCAGCGUGUCACUUAUUUUAACAAAGUCGCAAUUUCACGCUUUGCGCAAACAUCGCGUUAAAUCACUUUUACUGAUAUAUUUAAAAAAAAAAAGAAAGACCCAACUCGUCGCUCGUUGUAUAAUCGUCGGUUGCCCGCGAGCGUACACAAUGCGUGCCAUUCAUGACGGUCGGGCAGUGGCUGUUAACUUUUCCUCAUUCGUUGAUGCGCAGGGACGCGACUCUCCUCCAGUCGUCAACGUCGCUCUUCUCCGCGCGAGUUAUUUUCCAUGGUACGUGCCAAUCGCGAGGAAUUCCGUUGUAAAUAGCCAGCGACUCAAACGAGACUUUCGUACGUUCGUCUUACCCUGGACCCCGUCAAGGUGCCUCCGUGCCAUAAUCUCGAUAGAGUAACGAAGUCGCUGUCCGCGCCAAGAAGAAAUUUCUGUCUGGAGCGCGCAAGAUAAUUGGCUCGACGUCUGUAAUCGAGCGAGCGAUAACGAGAGCGUUAUUCGUUCGAUAUAUAUACACAUAUAAUAAUAAACGACGCAAGCUUACGAGGGGAGAGAGCCGAAAGAGAUCUCUCUGCGCGACGAGAUGAGAUGCGCGCUCGCCCGGGAGUGAUGAAUAAUUGGCGACAGUUGGUCGACAAGGACGACCGCGCGUGAUCCCGAGGAUCAUUAUCGCUGCCGCGGGGAUCACGCUCGGGCACGUGGCAGCCGCGGGGACACCUCACCGUCGAAGCCGUGGAGCCGCGAACGAGAAGUGGCGAACGACGACGACGCGAGCCGCUGCCGCCGAUCCCUCGAGCAGGUGCACACCGGGAUGCGCGCCACGUUGACAGGGACCAGCCGGUAGCUCCGUUGCCGGCAUUCGUAGCGAUCCUCCGCCCGUGGCGCCGAAAGAGACGGGGUCGUUGCAAGGAUCGGGCCCCGAGCGCGAUGUCCAUACGCGUGAGCGGCGUCUACCUGGUGCCCACCAGCCCGGGCGCCACCGACAACGGCGGCAAUGACAAGAGCGGCGGUCUGGACGGCGGUCUGCAUCAUCAGCAGCAGCACCAUCACCACCAUCACCAUCACUCGACGACGAAGACGGUGACGAUCGUGACGGCGCCGCAGCGCAGCAACAGCCUGGAUUAUCUCAACUUCGAGGAGAAGCGACAGAUCAUCGCGUCGUCCUUGUCUCUCAGCGACUUCCUGGCGCAUGGACCGGCGGCGGCCGCGGCUGCCGCCAAAGAGGUGGCGGCGAACACGGUGAUCGCGAAAAAGCAAAAUGGUGCUGCUCUGCGGACAAAUAGUUUGGGUUCGGGUGCGAGAACGCCGCCCUUGGAAAGAAAAAGUAAAUUUUCUGCCCUCGGUAGACUCUUCAAACCUUGGAAGUGGAAGCGGAAAAAGAAAUCGGAUAAAUUUGAGGCCGCUUCUCUGUCGCUCGAGAGAAAAAUCUCGGUACGUGCCAGCAGAGAUGAAUUGGUGCAGAAAGGGAUAUUGCUGCCCGUGAUACGGACGACGUCGUUUCCGGAAAAUGAAACGAUAAGCGAGUCGGCGACGGACGCGCAAAAACCACCGUCGCCGCAGCAAACGCCUCAACAGCAGCAGCAACAACAGCCGUCGCAGCAACAACAACCACCCGGCGGUACCGGGGGCUGCGACGGCACCCCCGCGGCAACACCCACGUCCGUCGGUAACGUGCAGCAAUCCCAACAAGCGGUACCUUCGGCCACGCCGACCCCGACGACUGCCAACCCGCAUUCUACUGCAGGACCGCCCAGCAGCAAUCAACCAUCACCUCAUCCCUCGCCUCUCUACCCCGUGAUACCACAGCAGGCCAGCCAGCCCAACGGCAGCACGCAAGAGCCGAAGAAGGAAAAGACUGAACAGAAUGCGAAUGGCGCGAUAUCGCCGAAUGGCGAGCCGCAGGCCGCCAAUUUGGGCACGACCGGCUCGGCGAUGCCGGGUCCGGCCCUGGAUGCCGGGGACCAGCAAAAGCCGAACAGGCCGAACACCCUCGAGGCCAGGGUGACAGCCAGGAGGCUGAUCUUGUUCAACAUGGACAAGGGGGUGCUGGAUCAGAGCGCCGACAAUCAGCAGGUGAUCGAGAGAUGUUAUCCGUUACCACCUCAGAAUACCCUGAUGCUGUCGGAGCUCCCAGAACCGCCGAUUCCGUUGAGCGAGAUCGGCCCUAUACCACCCCCGCCCAUGUUCAGCUCCCCGAGUCCCACUUUGCUGGCGAGACAACGGCAAAUCCCGCUCUCGGACUGCGAGGACGAGGAUGAGGAGGACGUCGAUGUGAAGGAGGAGGACGAGAAUAUGUACGCCUUCAGGGUGUCGCAGCCAGACCCGGCGAUCGACACGUCUCGUGUCGAGGAGAUCCCGGCGAAGGAACCCAAGUUCCACGCCGUGCCGCUGAAGAGCGUCCUGAAGAAGCGGGGCUCCGGCAGCGGACCUGGCACGCCGCAGAACACGCCGACGCAGGAGAAUAGGCCGCUGACGCUACGCCAGGAGCUCCACGCCUCGUUCAAAAGGCCACCGUUGAGGCCUAGGAUGAGAAUAUGCAGUCGACCGGUGAGAUUCGGCCUCGCUCUACCCUGCACAUUGGAGAACAAGGAGAACGCGAGGCCUUACGUCAUCCGAGAAGACGUGGACGGCGACCCCGGCGACGGCCAGGUCCUCUACAGGGAUGAUUACGACGACGAGAAAAAUUCGACACCGUCUGUCUCGAUAGGCCGUUUGGCAGCCAAGAUCGCGCGCUGCCAGGAAUCGCUCUCGCUGAAACUCGCCCUCAGGCCGGAUAGACAGGAGCUCAUCAACAGGAACAUCCUUCAGCUGCAGACAGACAAUGAGAGGCAGGAGACGAAAGAGGCCAUUGGCGCCAAGCUUAUCAGGCGGCUGAGCAUGCGGCCGACCCAGGAGGAACUUGAGGAGAGGAACAUUUUGAAAAAGCAAAGUCCCGCCGAGGAAAAGAAGCAGAAGGAAGAGAAGAAACGCUAUCUUCUGCGAAAGCUGAGUUUCCGACCGACUGUUGAAGAGCUCAAGGAGAAAAAGAUUAUCAGGUUCAACGACUAUAUCGAGGUAACGCAGGCUCACGAUUACGACAGAAGAGCCGACAAGCCUUGGACACGAUUAACUCCGAAGGACAAGGCUGCCAUUAGGAAGGAGUUAAACGAGUUCAAGAGUUCGGAGAUGGCCGUUCACGAGGACAGCCGACACCUCACUAGGUUCCAUAGGCCAUGACAAUUGCAAUGUGUUGAGGUGCUACAGUGUGGUGCGGGUAUACGUGAAGGUGCAGUGUGGUGGCUUCAUGUUGAGGCUGGAUGAAGAAAGAAGGAAGAGUCGGCUAAUCGUUACUUCCGGAUUUAAGGCCGGAACGCGCGAUACUCGUCCGAUCGGUGACGGUGAUUUCUUUGACGUUGCUGCGUCGUGUCGUUCGUCGUUGUCGCCAAAUUCACUGGCACUUCUUCCGUCAUCGUCAUUUAUACACGCCAGCGACAAACGCCACUAUGACGUCGACGAAGAUUGUGAUAGGGUGACUCGCCGCCCCCGUCGAAGAGGACUUGGCGGGUCGCUCGCCGAUUUCUUUUCAAGGGUCGUUCACACCCGUGCUUGGCCGAACGAUUGUUCACGCUUUCCGACAACUACUCUUCAUCUUUGUAUCUUCGACACUGAUCUCGUUAUAGUACACGCGCCGCGGCGUUUGUAUUCUCAAGAUAUCUUGGAAAUAUUCUUAAAUCUUUGCGCGAUAAAUUCUCAAGUAGUUACGCUACGCGCGAGUAUCUCCUUCCGCAUUAAACGACAUCAUUGAAGCUUAAAACUGCGAUCUGCCCUUCGGGUUCAGCUCUUAAAAGCUUGCCGUUGUGAAAAUCAAAACGCUGUAUAGUAAGUAAGACUUUUUUAUCGAAACGCUCACGUGUGUCCGCAUAUUUACGCUGAAUAAGAUCGGUCAUUUUUAAUUACAUAUCCUGUUCAUCGACAUUUCUUGUUACGAAUUUUUUUUAAUUUGUUCUUGUAUAUAUUUAAGAAUUAUGUGAGAUACGUGAAUACACGUUUGUACACGGAUGUAUUUUAGCGAUAAAGAGAUUACGGUGGGAGCAGCGCGUGCCGCACGCAUACUGAUGCGUGAGAACAUAUAGAUUAAUCGCGUUUAAAAAUUGCGCGUGAGCCUUCGGCGCAAUGCUAUGGACACUACGAGCGCGCGUGUGAACAUACCCUUAAACGUGUAAACACCAUUUUGCAAUCAAGCUAGCUCAUCAGUGUCACCUGGCAUCAUUGUAUAUGUAAAUGUCUCUCGAGUUUUGAGCCAUUGUAAUACAGAGAUAUGUGAUAUGUCUCGUUGAUAUCACGAAAAAAAAAGAAGAAUACUCGAACCCUGUAACGAAUAUUCGAGGAAGUACAUCACAUUACAAGCGACAUAUAUCUCGUAAAUAACGAGUCGAGUAAAGUGAGUUCGGUUUAGUUAAAAAAAAAAUGUUUUAGUAUUAAUAUUUUUAUACGUUGACGAAUGAACAGCAGAGAGUUUCCGCAAAAUCAUUUUUCGAUAUAACCCUCGUUUUUAAUGAUUAAGAUUGUUCGGCUGACGUCCGAAGAUGUGAUUUACGAUAAUUCCAUGUUCUCACGUUUUUCGCGCGGUCCGCGCAGAGAGUAUUCAUUGCUUGAGACUUCACUAACACUAUUGCGUACGUAGUUCGUUAUUAAGCUCUUCGUAAUACAUCGCGCGAGGAAUGAAAACAGCCAUUCAGUGUCUAACGACAAUCGGUCGACUGCUCGAUCGUCAAAACUGUUUUCCUUUACUGCCAGGUAUCACUCUCUCGUGGAGCUGCCUUGAGGAGCAAGCGCUUACGAUUAUCUAAAGAAAAAAAAAAUACUAAAAGGUAAAAUUGGACGUACUCCGUUCGUGGGAAAUCAGAAAUGCAUUGUGCAAUUAAACUUUGUACAGGAAUUAGGUAGGGUGUACAUUAGUGACUAUUAUUAUCAUCAUUGUUAUAUCGAUAAUAUCGCUAUAGGGACGCUCUACGGUCCUCGUUAAUUUCGAUCGCGUGCGUGCUUUAAUCGCGGCAGUGUUAACAAAUUCAUUAAGAGCAGACACGGUUGUUGUUCCGUAUUCGUUGAGCGCGAAUAAAUUCACGGUAAAAUAUCGUUUGAAAAAUAAAAACGAUUGAACGCAUUUACGAUAAAUACGUACGUUCACUACGUCUUUUGACGGAUACGUUUACUUCGAAUGGCCCGAUAAUGGAAGAAAAAUAUAUAUUAUAUAUUAAAAGUUCGGGAUCGCGUCUGAUCGGCUACUUAUCGGAUUAAUUUACGCUCGCGUCAACCACACCGGAGCAUCAACGACAAUUACUCUGCUCAUGUAAAAGCAAUCUGAUGGGUCAAGUGGAUUUGUAGUUCUAACAAUAAGUUAUAGACCUGUCUAUAAUACCGACGGGUGAGAAAAUAAAAUUGAAUUAGGCAGAAUUAGCGCUAACUGACGCCCGGUGACGACCGGGCUCUUAGUAAUCGAAAUUCAUACGAGCCCGUUGUUCUCGACAGAGAGUUAGAAGGAGGAAAAAGAAUAGUCGCAUUAAAAACGCCAUAUCGCGCGCAAAUUUGUAUCUAGAGUCUUAGCUGAUCGAAAGAACGAAGUCCAACGACGAAGGAGGAAGAAUAGGUGAACGACACGAAGACACGUGCCUCGGUGUGCGAUGUCUUGCACGCUUAUCUCUGGAAGCUUCUUGCAUUCCCCUCCCCGCUUGUCCUACCCCAGUUGUGCGAAACCGACCCUCCUGCUCACGUCACCGUUAACGCGACGGAGGUCCGUCGCACCUCCUUGAUGUGGAGUACCGGCGAGCGAAACCAAGAGACAGAAACAGAAGAGAUCGCGAGCCACGAUCUUGCGCGACAGGCGGAAUCCACGGCAGCGGUGAGUAAAACGAAGUCGCGGUCGACAGUCUACUUUCCUCUCCUCGUUUAGAAAUCCUAGUUUUUAACGAUCGUCCAAUGGGGUGAGAGGAUCGGUGUGUAAUGUGUCGAUCUUUCUCUUAACCCGUCGGUGAACUCAGCUGUUCGAUAUUAAUUCGUCAACUUCGAGGUCGUCGAAGGUAUAAAGGACGAGACGCCUCUACCUUCGGGAAAUACCACGAAGAAGUACGUCAUAAGGAACGUCAUAAAAUAAUAAGCAGGGAGAUUAAAGUGUCUCUCUCGUUCCAUUGGUCGAGCGCUGUGGCUACCAUGUAGUCGACAAAUAUAUCCAUUUCCGGAUUGCCUGGGUCGGUACGAGUGCGUGCCCGCGUGUGUGUGCGUGAAUAAUGGGCAUGGAGAGAAAGAUGGGAGUGAAAGAGAGAGAGAGAGAGAGGGAAGGUGUGCGUAUGAGAUUACGAACAAAUACUUUAGGAAGAGAGUGGUCGAAAUUUGAAUGGAGCGUCUCUGCGACAGACUUUUUUUUUCCCCCCGAGCUACGUUCGAAAGCGUAUCUGUUAUGUCGUGCUGCGUACAUUUUUGUAAGAGAACGCCACAAAGAGUCACGCGCACACGUUAGAAGUUAAAUCUAAAAGGAAAACCGGCAGCCGUUUCCACGUCGGAGUGUAUAGCGGUAAAGUUGUUCAACUCGAGAGAGUCAGGCGAACUAAAAGCUUGCGACGAACUAAACGUGAAUAAAUAACGAAAUUUCUUCUCCAGUCAAGUCAGAUUUAAUUUCGUUUAAGGAACGUUAAACUCGAGAUAAAAGUUUAACAUAAAAAA